CUUGAUGGCACGUGCACAGAGGUCUUCUGCGAGACGUCUGUCUGGAGGUGAUGAGAGAUCUGAUUAGUUGAGGAGAAUUAGGGGCCGUACCAGAAUGUGGUCUCAUCAUUUAUAAGCAUCUUGAAAAUGUAUAGCAUAUCUCUGCAGUUUAUGGUGUGAGAAGUUGCAACCAACUACGAAAUCGGCCGGUCAUGGAGGGCAAUGGGUGCGAUGAACAUCGGAAUUAUGAAAUACUUGCAGAGAUAGGCGAAGGCGCAUAUGGCAAAGUGUACAAGGCCAGAGAGGUCCGCGAUCAACAGCGACUCGUAGCGGUGAAGAAGUUGAACAUACCCGGACACACGGAGAGUGGGAUCCCUGCUUUCAUGAUCCGAGAGGUGGCGCUCUUGCGUAAGAUCGGGUAUUUCAACCAUCCCAACAUUGUAAAGUUGUUGGAUGUAUCUGCUGGUCUGAAGAACAGGAGUUUGGACCUGAUGCUGGUGUUUGAGUACAUCGACCAAGACCUGUCUACCUUCCUCACCACGGUCCCCAGCACUGGACUGAGUCUUGACAAAAUUAAGGAUGUGAUGGUGCAGCUGCUGCAAGGGCUGGACUUCCUGCACACCAACAUGCUGGUGCACCGCGACCUGAAGCCGGAGAAUGUACUGGUUAGUAGCCGUGGAGAGGUGAAGAUCGCUGACUUUGGGCUGGCGCGCAUCUACACCUAUCACAUCGCCCUUACACCCUGUGUGGUGACACUGUGGUACAGGGCCCCCGAGGUGCUGCUCCACUCUGGUUACAUGUCCUCCGUGGACAUGUGGAGCGCUGGCUGCAUUUUUGCCGAACUAUUCCUUUUGAGACCGUUGUUCCGUGGAUACACUGAGGCUCAGCAGCUCCAGAAAAUCUUUGAGGUGAUUGGCUUGCCCAGCGAGGAGGACUGGCCCAGGGAGAGCCCCAUCUCAUACUCUCGUAGCUGGUGCCCCAGAGACCCCUGCACACAGCUCUUAUCCAACCUGGGCCAGGAGGAGAACAACCUACUCCUUCAAUGUCUAGAGUUCAGCCCGACCAAUCGCAUCUCAGCUUCCAGAGCCCUCUCCCACCCUUUCCUGGUGUGCGCCUGAGGACUCAUAACCUGGCAGGAUGUGGAGAGGAUGAAGGAGAGCUGGGACAGAGGUUCAUUUCCCUUGGAAUCCUUUUACCUAGCCUAUAGAACACUGAGGGUUCUCGUGCCGUAAGAUCCAAUGUACCUGUAUCGAAAUGUAUAAUUUUUUGGAAUGGAAAUAAAAGUGAAAAUAUUUAGAAGGUAAAUCUGCAGGUUAAGCAAUAAAGUGGGCACCAUGCCACUGUUUUGGUAAAAAGUUGAGAGAUGGGGGUGGAGAAAUUGAACUAAUCUCAAAUUCAUAGACAGAGCUAAGGAUGCAAAGACUGACCAUCUAUGAUAUAAAAAUUAUAGAUUUAACUGUGUUUUAAAGCUAUAUAGUGUUUGUUAACAUUAUGUACAAACAAUGAAGUUAAACAGGCUUAUUUAUUGGGCUCCGAUGGGGUGCGACAGUUGAACUAAGCUAAUUAGGUAUUUAUAAGUUAUAUUCUUUAACAAUCAAUGGGUAUAUAUCAUCAAUUUAAAAGUCAAAACAUUUAUGUAGUGUUGCCCCUUUAAAGGUAAUUUGUUCUCAACAUGAAUAUCCAAAUCUUGACUGGUUUUAUCUGAAAUGCAUUUCUGAAGACUAGUUUCGUAUUAUGAAAAAACACAUUUAUAUCAAGCGAUGUAGAAACUGCGAUUCUUAUGGCAUGAAAACCCAAAGUGGAAGGAAAAGGAAAGUUUAUAGUAAUUUAAAUUACAACAAAUAUAUUGCUUUACUACAACAAAUUAGUUUAUAGCUAGAAUUCUUAAUUGCUACAUCUAUUU